AUGAACUUAACCCAAUUAACUGAUCUCGUCCUUUCCUCCAAUAAGUUCAAUGGAAUAGUUGACUUUGAUAAGUUUUCUAAGCUUGGAAACUUAGCUUCACUUCAUUUAUCAGGCAACCAGUUAUCUCUGCAGAUAAAACCCGAUUUAAAUGCUACUCUUCCAAAGUUUGAACACCUGUGGUUGGAUUCCUACAACUUAACAGAGUUUCCUGAGUUUUUAAAUAAUCAGCACGAAUUGAUUGAUCUACACCUUUCUGCCAACAAAAUUCAUGGCCAAAUACCAAAAUGGUUCUGGAAUGCAACUAGAGAAAAGUUGGAGGUCCUCGACCUCUCUUAUAACUUCUUGACAGGAUUUGACCAAAAUUCGCUCAAUAUUCUUCCAUGGAAAAAUAUGGUGUACUUUAAUGUUGUAUCUAACAGGGUACAAGGAUCACUGCCAGUUCUACCACAAUCAAUCAUAGAUUUUGAGGCUGGAAACAAUGAUUUUACUGGAGGAAUUUCACCAUUGUUCUGCAACUUAAAUUACCUUCGGGUUCUUGAUUUGUCCAACAACCUGAGAGGCAUAUUUCCACAAUGUUUGGGGAACUCCAGUGCUUUGGAAAUAUUGCGCCUGCACAACAAUUGUUUUCAAGGCAAUAUUCCUCAAAUAUGUGCAAACAAAAAUAGUUUGAAAAUGGUUGAUUUGAGUUACAAUCAGUUGCAAGGGAAGCUGCCAAGUUCAAUGGCCAAUUGCAUUAAGUUAGAGUUUCUCAACCUUGGAAAUAAUCACAUCAACGACAUCUUCCCAUCUUGGUUAGGGUCACUUCCCGUAUUUAGGGCUCUUCUUUUGCGGUCUAAUAGAUUUCAUGGAGAGAUUGGGAAGCCUCCGACAAACCAUGAGUUCCCAAAUUUGUGCAUCAUUGAUCUAUCUUAUUAA